AGGAAUUUUUUAUACUAUUCUUGGCAUUUUUCUGUAAAUUCGAAAUGAUUAAAAACCAAAUUAAAAAACAAAACAAAACAAACCACCCUCCAAUCCUAUCGCCAUAGGUGCUACGGAUGAGAUCUUCGAUAAGCCAUAAAAUCUAUCAGAAAGUAGCUAUUAAUACUAUCACGGGAUCAUUCUUAAGUGGUAGAGAAACUUACUAAACACAGGAAGAGCUUUGUGCAAAUGCAGAGCGGGAGGAGAGCCUGGGAUCCCUCCCUUCUGGACCCCCAGGGUCCCCAAGCCCCCAAAUGAAAGCGUAGGGGGUUGAGGAGAGACGUCGCAGGAGUACCGGGUGGAGGCCAGAGGCGAUUAAAGGCGUCAAAUUGGGGACUCUCCACACCUGAGCGGGCGCCAACUAACCAGAUCGAGCCCGUAGAAGUGAGGAAGUGGUGCGAGGCCUUCAGCCCCGGACUCUCCCACCCCCUUCCGGGCGACCUCUCCUCUACCUGAAGGUGGACCUGAAACUCCAGCACCUCGACCUCUGGGCCAGCCUCCAUGGCCAGGUUCCGGGCUUGCUGGACUGGGACAUGGGCAACGAGUCGUUCCUGGCCUUCACCACGGCGCACCUGCCCCUGGCCGAGCAGAACCUUGCCAGGUAUAGACUUCGAAUAGUUGAACCACCAAGAGUACCUGUGGGAAAAACGCCCAACUCUGAUAAAGAUGGCCCAGCUCUUGAGCCCAACCUGUGGAUGUGGGUAAACCCCAGCAUCGUGUAUCCCCCCGGAAAGCUGGAGGUCCCAGAACCUCAUAAGGGAGAGGAUCUCCCAGGCACACUCCCCUCCCCUCAGCCAGCCCCCAAAGAGGAAGACUUUGCCAGCUGCUCAGAGGCCACGGCGGUGGAGUCACUGCCACCAUCCUCGCCCUCCAGCGAGCAGUCUCCCCCUCAGAAGCGGUUUGCCUCUUCCCCCAGCACCUGGGAGCUCACAGAAGAGGAGGAGGCUGAGGACCAGGAUGACAGCUCCUCUGUGGCUCUCCCGUCCCCUCACAAAAGGGCCCCCCUCCAAAGUCGGAGGUUUCGGCAAGCCAGCAGCCAAGAGGGGAGGCUCUGGUCCCGGCCCCCUCUCAAUUACUUCCACCUCAUUGCACUGGCAUUAAGAAACAGUGCCCCCUGUGGCCUCAACGUGCAACAGAUCUACAGUUUCACUCGACAGCAUUUCCCCUUUUUCCGGACGGCCCCGGAAGGCUGGAAGAAUACCGUCCGUCACAAUCUCUGUUUCCGAGACAGCUUUGAGAAAGUGCCGGCCAGCGUGCAGGGUGGCGCGGGCACACGGCCCCGCUCCUGCCUCUGGAAGUUAACUGAGGAGGGACGCCGCCGCUUUGCAGAGGAGGCCCGCGCCUUGGCCUCCAGUCGGCUGGAGAGCAUCCAGCGGUGCAUGAGCCAGCCAGAUGUGAUGCCCUUCCUCUUUGACCUUUAAAUCCAAGAAGCAGGAGUCAGCCCAUCCCUUAUUAAAGUUACCUGCAGCAGC